AUGGGAAAGCGAAAGUCGAAGAGGAAGCCGCCACCGAAAUCAAGGGCCGUCGAACCUCUUGAAACUCAGUUUAAUUGCCCUUUUUGCAACCACGAAAGGGUUUGCGAAGUGAAAAUGUAAGUGUUUUCGUCUCUCUAUUUUCAUUAAACUUGGCUCCUAACUGGAGAACGUUUUUAGCCUUGAGUUAUAACUUUUGAUGAAACUUUGCCGAAGUAUACUUUACUACCCCUGAUUACAGAAUUAAAAAAGAAAAAAUUUUCUUUUUUUCUCGCAAUAUAAGAUCUAUUGAGAGAAUUUAUUUUUCUGAUCCCAGAAAUUUCUAAAGUACACUUUGAAAAAGUUUUCAUCAAUAGUUCAACGGGGGGCUAAAAAAACCUCUCUUGUUAAUCUGAGAAAAAAAUUGUAUGAGUAUAUUUUUUUCGGCAAAAAUUUUUUUGAUAAGCAAAAUAAUUUGAAUAAUUAUUAAUGUUUUUUUAAUCUCUCAUCAGAGCUAGUGCUUUCAAAAUUUUGAUGAUCGGGUUUCAUUUUUUCUUGUCCAAAAAAAGAGUAAUGGAAAUGAUAAUUUUUCCGUUCUUCGGAUUCUUGCGCUUUUGAAUAAUUCUCUUUUUUUGUUGGUUUUGUGUAUGUUUUAUGCGCCGUAAUAUGGUUUCAUGGGUAUGAGAAACUUUUUUGACGUGCAUUUCAUGAGAAAUAAUAAAAAAAUUAAGUAUAAGAGAAUAAAAAAACUAACUAUAAGAGAUCUUUCAUUGAAAUUCAUACACACAUUUUCGAGCAAUAAAAAAUAUGAUUGAAAUUGAUUGCAAUUAAACGUUUUUCUCACUUUUUUUAUAAAUAUUAUGUUGCAUUAAAAACCCUUUUUCUCAAUUUUUUAUCUUUUAUGCAGGGAUCGAGAGAAGAACGUGGGGUUCAUCUCGUGUAGAGUGUGCCUCGAAGACUUCCAGACGAACAUCAACUACCUCUCUGAACCAAUCGACGUUUAUUCCGACUGGGUCGACGCCUGUGAAUCGGCCAACGCUGCUGCGUAA